AUGGCUGAGAACGUGAAGGUCGAUAUUCGCAGUGCUGAUAUGAGCCCCGAGAUGCGAGACUCUGCCGCUAGGAUAGCUGUUACAGCCACCUUCGAGUUCAAAGUGGAAAAAGACAUGGCUGGGUUUGUGAAGAAGGAAUUCGACAGAAAGUAUGGCCAGACAUGGCACUGCAUCGUGGGAAAGGACUUCGGCAGGUAA